ACCAUUAGGCCUUUCUCCCUUGGGUACUUCUCCAAUGGCAAAUCAAGUUCUAUUCCUGCAAUCCCUUUACCUUCUCUUCAGUAUCUUCUCCCUUCCAUUUCUUCCACUGGUUAUGUCCUCUUGUAAUGAUCCAUGUCAAACACUUGACGACUGUGAAGGUCAGCUCAUAUGCAUCAACGGUCAGUGCAACGACGAUCCCGAUCUUGGGACUCACAUAUGCGGAGGAAGUCCAGGGACUUCUUCCCCUUCAACUGAUGACUGUCAGCCCUCUGGCAGUCUUGAGUGUAACGGGCAAUCCUAUCCUACCUACACAUGCUCCCCUCAGGUUACAUCCUCCACCAGCGCUGUUCUUACUAAGAACGAUUUUAGUGAGGGAGGGGAUGGUGGAGGCCCAUCCAAGUGUGAUGACAAAUACCAUGAAAAUUCAGACCCUAUCAUUGCCUUGUCAACUGGUUGGUAUAAUGGUGGAUCCCUGUGCGGCAAGAUGAUCAGGAUCACGGCUCAAAAUGGGAUGAGCGUGCUGGCCAAGGUGGUGGAUGAGUGUGACUCCAUGCACGGCUGUGACCAAGAGCAUGCAGGUCAGCGCCCCUGUGAUAACAACAUAGUUGAUGGAUCUAAUGCUGUGUGGGAUGCUUUGGGCCUGGAUAUCAAUAUUGGUCGUGUGGACGUUACUUGGUCCAUGGCUUAGAUAUAUGGUUAUGACUUAUGAUCAGUUGGUUGGUUACUUGGUUUUUGUGUGUGCGUACGUACUUUCCUCUUUGUGUUCCCUCUCUCCUUUGAUUUGUAUGGCUCCGCCAAGCACUAUUUGUAUGUAAUUUUGCAGCAAUAUAUGCAUGCGCUGAAAUAAAACUGGAAGGCACUAGCCCAGUGCCACCAGAACCCCAUUAA